AUGGGAUUUGUACUAUCCGUGCUGGUUGCCUUUGUUCUCCAGUCUUCUGCGGAGAAGUGGUGCUUUACAGAAAACAGCGCUGUCCUAUCAUAUAGAAAUGAAUUGUCGAAAGGAGAAUGCGACUACUCUCUAAAUCGAUGGAUUGGUAUUUUAAUAGACACUACAACAAUCCCAGACAUCAUUUCUGUAUAUCCAGAUUGUUGUUCUUAUGAAAUGAACUCGUCGAUGAACCAAUUGUUCAUAGACUCUUCUACUUAUCCUGUCGCUCAAAAACAUGUUUUACAGACUUCUUUUUAUGGUACAAAUUACACACGAAACUAUUUCAACAUCACUUUGUUUGAAACCAAUAAGCAAUCGGCGUGGACUAUAUACACUGCAAAUAUCAUUUCUGGUUCAUUGAUUUAUUUAUCAGGAAUUGCACUUGAUUCACACUAUUCAUUCUUCAUCGAGUCGAGAAUGUUCAACAUCACAACAAAUUCAAAUUCACAAAUUACAAUUGAUCUGACGUUCUCUUGGGGGUUCUCUCCUGUUGUAUUUGUCGACGAAAACACAGAAGUUUUGGUGUUAACAGAGUCUGACAGAAGCAAUUGUCAAUAUCGGUACACCACAAAAAAUUCGAUAAAAAGCUCAACUGUUGAUAAUGAGAACUUGGAGAUGAGGAAUCUUUGCACAACGUCAGGAUACCAGAGAAUGUUUGUCUGCAACAAAAAAGUGCCAAUUUCAGAAGACUGCACAUGCUCAUAUUAUGAUCACGAGUACAUUAACCACGCUCAAGACUGUACUGUUAUGAGUAAGUAUCUCACUUUUGUACCACUUCACAUACAAGAAGAAACACCAUACCAAUUUGAAUGGAAUACUUUGGAGAUAUCAGGUGAGACCACAAUGACAAUUAAAAAGGGAAGUAACAUGACAUUUUUAAGUCCUGUAUAUCUGCCUAAUGACAAUUUGAUUAUAGAUGGUAUGGUCAUAUUUAAAGGAGGAAUCGUCGUAAACGAUUUCAAUCGAUUUUAUUCCUUUUCAUCGUUUCAAAUUGAAAAUGUAACCACACUCCAACGUUCUCAGAGCACAACACCAAUUUUAUUCAAUGGAAAGUGCUCGAUGGGAGAGAGUAAAUGCGAAGAGUUUUACAAUAAAAGUGCUAUUAAAGAAGUCAAAUGUGGUGGUCCUAUAUAUCGUUAUAUCUCAAAUACAAGCGACUUGAGAUGCGAGUGUUACUUACUGAAUUCGACACACUUCAAACAAGCGGAUUGUGCAUUUCUUGCAUCGCGAAGGCAAUACAAUUUCGACCUCGUGUUAGAUAAAGAUUUGGAGAAAGACGGGGAAGCGUUUUAUUUCAAUUCGAUUAGAACAACUACUGAUUCUGUUAUACUCAAAAGCGACUCAAUUGUCGUACAAACUGUUUGCGACUUCACAAAAUCUACAUACGUGGAAAUUAAGACACAACUUGAGUGUGGAAAGGUCUUGCUAUCCAAUACAACACGGGUUGUUGGAACGUCCGGAUUCCUCAAAACCUACAACGUUCAAAUCAUAGGAGUUGUAAAUAACUUGAAUGGAAACGCACUCAUUUCAAUGGGAAAUGCAAAUUUUAUAAGUGACGGCGGACUGAAGAAAACGUUUGAAAGUGCCCAGAACACUUGCUUUGAACUUGCUACAUCAAAAACUGAUAUUUCAAGUUCGUUAAACAAUGCAAUUGACAGUGGGUUUGUGUCAUACGUUCUGUCAAAUAAACUGGUAAGAGUCUGUCCUGUAACCACACAUUCAACAAAUGACCUUGUUGUGGUAUGUGAAGUCGGUUCUGUAUUUGGUAAUUUUGAAUAUGAACAAUGCCCUUGUGUGGGAAUAGACUGUUUGUUUCGAUUCAAUUCAAAUACAAUUGAAAUACAAAAUGAGAAUGAAAUCAUCAAUGGGACUGUAAUCUUUCCAAAUUUAACACCUUUGAAUAAUGUUGUUCAAAUCACAAAGAUGAACAUCAUAGAAACAUUGAAAUUUACAUUGGACGUCGAGUUGUUGUUGAGUGGACCAAAACAAAUUGACAUUAAAAUUAACACUGAACAUGAUGUGAUCAUUAAAACUCCAAAUGAUAUCACAAUUAAAGGAGUUGGAAAAAAUUUGGGGAUAGUCAGUACAUCACACUUUAUUGAUUUAGUCGGCACUUUCUCACAAAUCAACUUGGGUGGUCCUAAUAACACGAUGUUCUCACUUUCUGUUUUCCCAAAAAGUCUUUUCACUUCAUCGAAAAUUAAUCGAAUUUCACAAAUCGAUUCAGACGAUUUGCACAAGUUUGUGUUGUCUGAUAAAAACAGAUGCGUUGCAGGUCAUUUUGUAAACAAUCUUUUUGUUUGUGACUCAUGUGGCAAUGGUGAAAUAAACGGGACGUGUAAACCACUUCAGACAACAAGUAAAUGUUCCCACUAUGGUCCAACUGGAAUUUGUGUCGAGUGUGUUGAGGGGUAUUUCGUCGUUUUUGAAACAACAAAUUCAAAACAAGUUUCAAAAUGUUUUCAAUGUCCAUCGAAUUGCAGGAGGUGCGAUAACAACAUUUGUUUCUCGUGUUUUACAAACUAUUCUUUGUAUGAAAACAAGUGCGUUUUAUUGGAGACUACUUGUUUGUUUUUUAGAAAUGAAAUGUGUUUAAAAUGCUCAAUUAGAGAUACCAAUGUUAGAACCAUUUCUAACACAAAUACAUCUACCUACUCAAACGGUUUAUGUCAAGCUUGUGACACUGAGAAUUGUAUAAGUUGUCCACAAAACAAAGUUAAAUGUGAAAUUUGUUCAAAAGGAUACGUGUUACAGGACAAUGAGUGUGUCUUUAUUACACCUUCGCUUGAAACAACGACCAAAGGAGUUACAUCUUGCAUAGACACAUUCUUUGUGUCGAGUGGAAAGUGUAUUUCUUGUAACGAACUGACACAAAACUGCAAAUUGUGUUCUCGCAAAAAUUGUUACACAUGUUCUUCUGGCUUUUCACUUGUUAAUGGAAAAUGUGUUAAUAUUAAUUCAACAGCUUGUGGUGUGAUAAAAGCAUCAAAGUGUAUGAAAUGUAAAGAUGGCUUUUCCAACCAACCAUAUUGUACUCAAUGUGACCAAUUUUGUGAAACCUGUUCUGGCACAUCUUCAAGUUGUACUUCAUGUAAACCAAAUUCUUCGAUUUGGCUUGAAAAUGGUAUAUGUAUGUUGUAUCAAACCAACAGCAAUUUAGUUCAAACAGUCACCACCUUGAAUACAUCAUCACUUACACUAAACCUUAACAUUUUUUGUGAGAACAAUCAAAAAGGAAUAUGUGUACGGUGUAGAGAUGGAUAUUACCUCACUACAUCUGGCACUUGUGAGAAGUGCAACAAAAAUUGUUUUACUUGCAUGACAUCUUCAACAAAAUGUUUGUCUUGUGCUUAUUCAAACAUGAGCGUUGUCAACGAUAAAUGCAUCUUGAACGAACAAUUUUUAACUUCUUGUACUGUUCCGAUGGUGUCUAAUAAAGGAUGUGCAGUGUGUGCAAAUGGCUACUACAGAAACAGCACUGUUUGUGUUCAGUGUCCAUUUCCAAUGGUCUACUGCUCGAGUUCUUUUGAAGCUUUGUCGUGUUCUAAUAAUUACAUUUUGUACAACAAAAAGUGCAUUGCCAUUGACAUGAUAUUAAAUUGUUUCAACAAGAAUGAAAAUGGGUGCACGCGAUGUCACCCGUAUUACUUUUUGGUAUCUCCUUUUUGCAUUUCUUGUCCCAAAAAUUGCAUGAAAUGCUCUUCUACCACUUGUUGUAACAUCUGUGAAAAUAACACCAUUUUGGUUGAUGGGUUGUGCUUCAACAUUACCUCACAGCAACAUUGUACAUCCGCAUAUAAUAACAAAUGUAUUUCAUGUGAACGUGGAUAUCACCUGUCACAUGACAUCUGUGAAACAAAGUCGUUGUGGUGGAUAUCUUUAGUAGUCAUUAUUUCCAUAUUCUUUGUCAUAUUAGUUAUAGUUCUCUAUUUCUUACUCACAUUCAUAUCAAAGAAAGUUCUUAAAGUGAAACAAGAGAAUACAAUCGACUUCAAAUCACUCAACUUGGACACUUUUGACCAACCCAUUCCGGGUAUCUUCAUCGACGCACUCUCCCUUAAACCAACUGAAGAAGUCAAUGUAAAAGAAACUCGGAAAUACACAAUUUGUGUUGCUAAUUCUAACAAACAUAAAGUGAAGAUUCAAGUCACACAAGUUGCUAGCAAAAAGUGGGACUUGAAGAUUACUCCAGACAUGGUCUUCUUGCGAAAGAACCAGGCGGUUAACCUUUGUCUUGAGAUAACCCCAUUUUGCUCAACGUGUAUAGCUCAUCAUAUUCUCUUCUCGGUCAUUUCAAUAUCAACAAAUGAAAGCAAGGAGUUCACAAUCACUACAAACAUCCCCGUUAAAAAGUCAAAUUACUUGGACCCCGAUGAUAUCAAACUCCACAAGAAAAUUGGGAGCGGAGCCUUUGGAGACGUUUUUAUUGGACUUUUCCAAAAAGUUCAAGUGGCGGUGAAAAAAAUGCGAGUUGGCCGUGACGUACGAAUUGAACGUUGUGACGAUUUUAAUAAAGAAAUCGAGAUGCUUGAUAAAAUUCGGAGUGAUUAUAUCAUUCACUUCUACGGUGCGGUUCUCGGUGAUGAAAAGGAAAUAGUACUUGAAUAUGCCAAGUGUGGGAGUUUAGAAAAACUGAUACAUAAAUUGGACAAACCAGUAGUCUUGAAACUUCGUGUUAAAUUUAUGUUAGAUGCCGCAAAGGGUAUUCUUUAUUUACACAAUAAUGGCAUUUUACAUAGAGACAUCAAGCCUGGAAAUUUCUUGGUUGUUACUAUGGACAACAAUGUUCCAGUUAAUAUUAAACUGACUGACUUUGGAUCAUCAAAAAGUAUCAACAUGUUGAUGACAAACAUGACAUUCACGUGUGGAAUUGGGACACCAAUCUAUAUGGCACCUGAAAUUUUAUUUAAAAGGAAAUAUAAAACCCCAGCAGAUAUAUACUCAUUUGCCAUCACAAUGUAUUCGGUAAUGAAUUGGGAAGAACCGUAUCGCAAAGAAAACUUUAAGUAUCCAUGGGACGUCGCAAGGUUUGUCACAACAGGAGGGAGGUUGGCACAGACAGCCAAAACACCAAACUAUAUAUUUCAGUUGAUAACAAACUGUUGGGCUGAAAAUCCACAAGACAGAGUCGAUAUGAACACAGUCGUUACACACCUAGAGACCUAUUUUAGUACAUUGUAA